AUGAGUUCAGAAGGUCAGUUUUUAUCAACAGUUGUUUUUUUAGUUUACGAAAAGCCGAUCAAUCGUGGCUUUUCGCUACAAAAAGCAAUUGACUUUUGAAAAAUAAUUUUUUUGGCCGUGGUUAAUAUUGUUUUUGGUUGAUUUGAUAAAGAUAGGCUUCUUUCAUCUUUAUGAGUUUUAUAAAUAGUAAAAUUAGGCUUAAUUUGGAAGCUUUUAAAAUAAAAAUUGAAUUUUUACUUUCAGUUUGGGCAAAGUUAUAGGUAUUCAAAGUUUUUAUGCGUAAUAUGAGAAUUUCCCGUUAUUCUGGGUAAUUAAUGACAAAACUGUUAACCCCAUUUUGACAAGGGUACUGUUUUUAGUGUUUAUUUAAAAUUUCAGUUUAAUCGGACUAUUAGUUUUUGAGUUAUUUUAAAAUUAUAUUAACUUAUGGCAGCUAAUGACUGAUUGAACUUCAAAUCGUCGUAUCUUUUGACUAGUUUUACCAAAUGUGAUAAAAUUUGGCAUAUAUCUUCUUCAUGCUUUGUUUUACCAGUUCUAAUAAAUAAACCCAUCUGUUUACAGCCGACAUGCCCAACUUGGCCAAUUUCCGUCAACUGGCCAAGAAGAUUGUGUGUGUUGGUCGAAAUUACAGUGAACAUGCGGCGGAACUGAACAAUCCCGUGCCCAAAAAGCCAAUGUUGUUUUUAAAAAGUACAAAUGCGUUGAUUGCAAAUGGAGAAACGAUUCGUGCGCCACCAGGUUGUCAGGAUCUACAUCAAGAAGUUGAGUUAGGUGUUGUGAUCAAUAAAAGAGCGACGAAUGUGAAGAAACAAGAUGCUUAUGACUAUAUUGGUGGAUAUACAGUGGCAUUGGACAUGACUGCUCGUGAUUUACAGGUAAUUUUUGUUAUUAGUUUUUGAAAUUUUAGGAAAUAUUCGAAAGGAAGGAGGACCUACUACAAUAUCGGAAAGGUGGAAUGGCUUAAGAAUUAUUAAAUUAGAAUAUUACGAACUAAAGAAUGUUAUUUCAGAAUGAAUUCAAGUCGAAAGGAGCUCCUUGGUUCUUGGCCAAGAGUUUUGACACAGCUUGCCCAGUAGCUGACUUUGUGGACAAAUCUAAAGUCCCAGACCCUCAUAAAUUGGAGCUAGAAUGUAAGAUCAAUGGAGAAACGAAGCAGAAGGAUUUGACAAACAGUAUGAUAUUCGAUAUCCCAACUUUAAUCGAGUUUGCCACAAGUUAUGUCACUUUGGAGCCGGGAGAUCUGCUGUUAACUGGUACUCCCAAAGGUGUUUGUUCUUGUAAACCGGGAGAUAAGAUUGAGAUUAGGCUGUCUGAUUUGGUCAAGGCUUCAUUUACUGUUGGGCAGUAG